CACCCACGGGUGAGGGGGGGGGUGGGGCGAGCCCUUCGCACCCUGCUGGCAGUGUGGCAACACCCCCGCGUCCUUCCUUCCUUCCUUCCUCCCCCAGCGGGGCAGCGCAGCCGGGGCGGCCGGCGUGGGGCGUCCCAUGGAGGCCGAAGGCAUCGCGUCGUGCCACGCGCCCACCCUGCAGACCAAGGUCUUCAAGUACCGGAUUUGGGACAUGAACCAGAAGUCGCUGUACCUGCGCAACGACCAGCUGGUGGCCGGGCACCUGCAGGGCGCCAACGCCGCGCUGGAAGAGAAGGUUUUUUGGGUGCCCAACCGCUCCUUCGAGCACGCCCGGCUCCCCGUCAUCAUGGGCAUCCAGAACGGCACCCGCUGCCUCGCCAGCCCCGCCGCCCCCCAGCCCACCCUGCGGCUCGAGGCCGCCAACAUCACGGAGCUGCCCCGCGCCGGCGAGGCCUCGGCGCCCUUCACCUUCUUCCGCUCCUACAAGGACGGGCUGUGGCGCUUCGAGUCGGCCGCCAACCCCGGCUGGUUCCUCUGCACCUCGGCGCGCGCCCACGAGCCCCUGGGGCUCUCGCGGCACCCCGACGCCAGCCACGUCCUCGACUUCUACUUCCAGCUCUGCUGAGCCCCCCGGGGACGGUGACAGCCCCCGUGGGAUGGUGACACCCCCCGGGGACGGUGACACCCCCCAGGGAUGAUGACACCCCCCUGGGAUGGUGACACCCCCCAGGACAGUGACAUCCCCCCUGGGAAGGUGACACCCCCCUGGGGACCGUGGCACCCCGGCAAUAAAAGCGCUUUGCUCCCC